ACGAAAGGAAGAGAAGCUUAAUAAAAAGGCUCCCUUGGCGAAGAUCUAAAGGAUUCUCAAUUACAGCAACUCACCAAGAUUCAUCCCAUUCAUCUCACUCACUGCUUUGACUUUAAGCUUCUUUAAACUCCGAUCCGUCUUUACUUUCAACAAUCCAUUCAGAUUAUAUCAAGAUGAGGUUUCUAUGUCUCCACGGCUAUGCCUUCAGCGUAGAGGUUCUCCAACAACAGAUGGAGCCCAUCACUGCUCACCUGCCAAGUGACUGGGAGUACGAAUUUCUCGAGGCAGGCAUGGAACCCACACAACUGAUGCUCCCAAACCUCAAGCAAGUCCCCAAGCCCAACUCCAGCUGGUACAACUUCCCUUACCCCGAAGACGUCGAAGAGGCAUAUGAGCGCCUAGCUGCCUAUGUUGAGUCUGAAGGUCCUUUUGAUGGUAUCUGGGGCUUCUCACAGGGUGGUUCUAUGGCUGCUCUUCUACUUCUCAUGCACCAAGCCGAGCACCCCGAUACGCCAUACCCUUUUAAGAUGGCCAUCUUCACAUCAGCCUUCCUUCCCCACUCCUUUGACAAUGGUGUGAUCAGCUGGGAUCUUACAGAGAAGAACACACUUGAACCGGCAUACCUCCCCGGGCGAAUUGACGUGUCUCAUGGCAAGAAGCUGGACUGGAAGAAGGAUCUUCACACUUCGAUUGAGUAUGACAUGAUCAACGCUGUCAAGGACGAGCUUGACUUUCCCGUUGACCUCCUCCUUCGAUGGAGACCUAGUGAUAUCCCCGAGAAGAUUCCAGUACCUUCUGUCCAUGUCCGUGGGUUAAAGGAUCACUACUCAUUCGUCGAUGAAUCGGUGUACGAGUUGUUUGACCCCGAUAUGGCGAGGAAGAUGACACAUCGUGGGGGACAUAACUUCCCUAGGUACAAUGAGGAGUUGGUGCACUUUGCAGAAUUGAUUAUCGAGACGGUUGUUUCUCUUCACUAGAAGGUUAUGGUUUUUUCUCAUCUUGAUACUGCUGGAUGGCCGAUUGCAAACGAAAAGUUUCAGAAUUGUUGUGGGAUAUCAUAGAUUUCUUCUUUCCCUUAGACUUCAGACAAUAGAUUGAGAUUGUGUCUUUACAUCUUUCAUCUCCGCAUUAGCAUCAUCCUGGG